AACGACGACGACGACGACGACGACGACGACGACGAGAACGACGACGACGGCGACGACAACGAGGACGACGACGAGGACGGCGACGGCGACGGUGACGGCGACGACGACAGCGACGGCUACCACAACGGCGACGGUGACAGCAACGAGAACGAGGAAGAAGAAGAGGAGGAGGAAGAGGAGGAGAACGAGAGUCCUAGCAACUCGUCUUCCUGGAAGGACGAAGGACAAAGGGGGAGGUGGAAGAGAAGAAGAAGAGGAAGAAGAAGACAAAGAGGGUGGUAACAGUGGUACCGAGCAACUCGUACUCGGUGCUACCGUUGCUGCUGCCGGUGGUGGUAGUAGUAGUAGUAGUAGAAGUAGUAGUAGUAGUAAUAGCAGUAGUAGUAGUAGCGGUAGUAGUAGUAGUGGUGUUGGUGUUGCUACUGGUGGUGCUGCUGCUACUGGUGGUAGUGGUGAUGGUGGUGGUGGUGGUGUCGUCGAGCUUAGCACCACGACGACGACAACAGUCGCCGAGCCGAUGUCAGCGAGUUCGUAUCCUGGAGAUGAGGAGGAGCUGUCGGGAGCGGAAAAUCACCAGCUAGCGAAACGGCCGAGCUCUGGAGAAAGAGAAGGAAAAGGAGAGGAAGAAGAGGAAGAGGAAGUUGGAGAACUGGGCAAGGACGAGUCGACGUUACGCGAGGAGGUCAAGGUCAUCGACUCCUCGCCGUCGUCGUCCUCAUCCUCGACGAACACCGGGACGACGACGGUACUUUCCACCACGUUGUUACCACCACCCAAUCGGGACGACACCUCUAUGGAAGCACUGGGUACGAGCAGUUACGUAGUGUCAGCGGUGCUCGUUCUAAUAGUUGGUGCGCUGCUGGCCAUCUUGGCGACGGUAUCGCAUCAUCUCCAUCACCGUCGACUCGAGCCUUUCCACGAGUCGAAUUCUGCUUCCAUUUUGCAUGACCAUCGCCAUCUUCAUCAUCACCAUCAACGACAUCAUCAACAACAACAACAACAGCAACACCAACUACAACAUCGCCGUCGUCAUCAAGAGGAUCGAGAAGAAUCCCCGCCGGCGUUGCAUCAGCAACAUUCCUUCCUACAGGAUCAUCACCGUCAUCCUGGAACGCAAAUGCUAUCGAUGGGUUCGGCAUUGGACGUUCGUAGAGGAGGAAGAGAAGGAGGUGAAGUAGGAGGAGGUGGAGGUGGACGUAGAGACGGAGGGGGUGGCGAGGCAACAAACGGAAACGCGUUGACCCGAGGCGUUCGAAUAGCUGCAGCCGCUGUUCGUGGACAGGGUGAUGUCCUUCAACAAGAAGCGAUGGUCGCCGCAGCGAGAGACAGGGCGAUCAGGACAGGUAGCGUGAGGCAAGAUCUCGCCCUCAAUUUACCUCCGCGGCUGGAGCUCCCGGAUGGGGAGGAACGCCCUUAUGGGGCGCAAACCAAUUUGCAUCUUCGUGACCCAUUGCAGGAAAGCGAGAUCUACCAAAAGUGCAUACGGCCACCACCAAACCGGACUAUCUUCGAUAGCGAGAGUCCACCCCCGUAUCGUAGCCAGUCGGCACUGUUGGAGCCACCGGAACAAAUAGUACGCUGUCACAGCGCGGGUAGCUCCCUGCUGAAAAUGUUUCGCAAGUUUCCAAGUUCUGCUAGUAGUAGUAGUACGUCGUCGUCGUCAGCGGCGGCGGCGGCGGCGGCGGCGGCGGUGGGGGCACCGACGCAACCGAAAAAGUCCACCCUGUCCAGCUAUUCCGAGUCCAGUAGCAACCUGUCCACUCUGACGGUGGUGCCCUGUGAAACGGACGAGAGUCAACAGGAGCAGCAUCACCAUCGGCAGAAACGCGUCUGAUCCGAGGCCAGUGGUGGUGGUGGUGGAUCCUCGUGCCCGAGGAAGAGGCGAGCGUUCCUUCCUUUCAACAAGAAGACGAAGAAGAAGAAGAAGAAGACUCUCCUUUCAGCAGCUUCGUCAUCGACCAUCAACACCGACGACACGAUGAUUCUCCUACUCUUUCUUCGCGGUGCGCCACUUGAAGACUGAACUACGACCAAUAGCAACGGCAACGCAAGACUUCUCUCUCCAUUGCUUUUGGUUCGAGGACCAAGCGAGAACGGCGCCGAAAGAGAGAGUAGAGUACAGAAAGAGAAAAAAGAGAGACAGAGAGAACAAGAGAGGAGUACCUCUGGCCCUCUUCUUUUUCUUCUCUCUCUCUCUCUCUCGCUCGCUCUUUCUUUGUUUCUUUCUCUUUUUACUAUAUAAACACUAUCCUGCAGAUCUCAUACUUAUUCCAAAGCGUGAUACAUAGGAGAGGGAAAGAUUAAAUCUUGCUGAGAGAGAGAGAGAGAGAGAGAGAGAGAGAGAGAGAGAGAGAGAGAGAGAGAGAGAGAGAGAGAGAGAGAGACAGAGAGGCAAAGAGAUCGUAUAAGCUGAGAUGUUGCUAUUUUAUUUCCAUGUAAUAUCCUUCCAAGAGAGAGAGAGAGAGAGAGAGAGAGAGAGAGAGAGAUGAGGAAAGGGAGAGAGACAUAGUACUGGACCGUAAUAAGGGAGAAGAAAAUCGCUCGCCUCCCCUUCGACGUCGAUGCGAUCGACUAAUGGACGAUUCGCAACAGUGUCGCAAAAGUUUUCUUCGAGAAAAGACUUAGUAAAUUAUUUAUUGGCGAUAUUCGCGUCCUGCCUUCUCGUACCGAGAGAUUCUGGCAGACGAGAGUGAAUGAGUGAGAAUGAGAGAGAGAGAGAGAGAGAGAGAGAGGAAUAAAUGCGAGCAUGUUAGGGAAAGGAAGACCAAUUGAGAGCUAAAAGGGCUAAAAAACGAAAAAAUAUAAAACAGAGAGAAAGAGAUGAAAAAGUAGUGCCAAGAGCGAAAAUAAGAAGGAAAGAAACAUUGUAAAUAUUAGAUUAGGUAGUUCAAUAUUACAAUAUAAUUAUUACGACUAAAAAUUAUAUGCUACAAUACCGAUUAAAAGUAAACAUCCAAUAUACGUUACGAACACGCAUACCAUUUAAAGAUAUGAGCUGGCACGCUCUCAGUGCCGGGCCGUACGAAAGUGACGUUCUUUUUCUUCGCGGGACACGCGUGUUUUUCUCUUUUCAAAGAUGGCCACGUUUUUUUAGCGAUCGUUAAUUCGUCCCUUGUCUUUCCCCCUAUCUAAACACGUAAGUUUUCAUUCUCGUAGUUUUUCUCGUUGCAAAGGAUAUACUUUUGUAUUUUCCUUUCUUCGAAAGCAAAGAGAAAGCCAGAGACGUUCACGUUUUAGUGAUCGAUCGAUGGCGCGCACUCUUCUUUUCCAAACGCUUUGAAAAGCUACGAAUCGAUUUAGGAAAAAAGACGCGCGUGCGUGGCCAUCGGCUCGCCAGAGUCGCCUUCGAAUUUGAUCGGUGGCGGCGUCGGCGGCGGCGUCUCCACGUUUCGUACGGCCCUGCGUACAUACGUCUGAUAUAAACACACGCUACUUUUAUUAUUAUUCGAAUAGAUAAGGCCUCAGUUUUCGACGAAAUAGGACGAGAUCCGUACCCGGUCGUUGCCUUUUCGAGUCUCGGCGUCGACGAGAGAAGUUGCGCGAGAUCAAGUAAUUAAUUAAUUAACUAAUCGAUUAAUAGCUAGAAGAAAUUGUUUACACGGCGACCUUCGUCGAUCUAUUUUCGUACAAUAGGCCGACGCGAAUGAAUUAAGGUUCGAGAUUAAUUCCUAGGCGCGUAGUUUAAAUCCGGUAAACGAGUAAAAAGAUACAGAACAAUGUGUCGUAGGUCUCCGUUGUAUUCUCCAAAGUUCCUACCCGCGAUCUUUUCUUCGACGAUUUGUUUCUGAUACGUGAAAGAGGAAGACGACUGAAGAAGAAGACGAAGAGGAUGAAGAAGAAGAAGAAAGAAAAAAGAAGAAAAAUUAAGUAAAAUGAUAGAUAGAGAAUUUGGUAGAUCGACUCGCGCGUCUCGUCGAGCCCAAACUUCGAUAUGCUUCCCGGGACGGAACGAAUCACCCGAGUAUCUCAUGAGAAGUCACCAAUUAUUGUAAUUUUAAACGAAAAGAAAUCCGACGAAGGGGAAAGAAAGUUUAAACAGAUGCGAACUAUUUUCCGACGCGUUUCCCUCCAACGAUUCGCGGAUUGCGUGCGUCGCGUGUCACGAGUUAGCUGCGAGAUCGAUUCGACAAACAAACAAACAAACAAACAAACAACCAAACAAACGAACGAACGAACAAAUAAAAAGUCGGCUAAAACUGGAGCGCGCUGAGUAUGAUAGGAAAAAGUGUUUUUAAAAAGAAUCUUUAUUCGCGAACAGGCUGACACAAACUCCCCCCCCCGACAAAGAUCAUAACUUCGCAAAUGUUUGACGUUUCUUCAAACGAAACUUGAUCUUGUCGUCCGUAGAAAAAUGUUAACAAGCCAAACGAUCAGGCUCGAGUAUUUUUCUAUCAUGAUCAUUGCGAGUCAAAGUAUCGUCGUCCGAGAUUCGGAAAUACUUCAAGCCUACUUAUUAUGACUUAUUAUUACUCGUAGAGGAUGUUCUAUCCCGUUCUCAUUUUUUACAAUAGAAAAUUGUAUUUAACUGCAUACUGCAACUAUUGUAUCGUCGUUUGAAAUUACGUAAUGCGUCCUAAAAAAUAUCUUCGUAGGCUUACUCGUCGUUUCAUCCUUCGAGAAACUCUCGACUCGAUGAAAUCACGAAUGGUCUUAUCAUAUAAAAUAUUUUUCCUACGAGUAAAUCGAUCAAUUUUGGAAGAUGAUAUUUUCGUUCGCAGCGAUCGCAAUUGGAAAAAUUCCAUGUAAAGUUAUGUAAACUUUGAUUGUUGAUAUUUUGGAAUAUACGACCAUUCAAGGCUCGUAUCUAUAUCGACGAAACUCGAAUGAAACUCGUAUUCUAUCCUAGUAUAAUUUUCUUCUAAAUAAAGAGAUAUUCGCGCGGUUCCGGUUCUAGGUGAUUCUCAGGACAUCGCGUUCCUUCGAAUCUCGCGACUUCUACCACGAAUCACGUGACCGUGAAUCGACCCAUCGCGAUUUGAUAAUCGAAUUCGUUUGGCUCGUAAAAAAUAUCGUAUAACGACGACAGAGAAGCGGAAGAGAGAGGACGUGAUGAAAGAAAAGGGUUGUGUGAGAGAGAGAGAGAGAGAGAGAGAGAGCAAAGUGUUUAUCCAAAAGACCGCUAUCAUGCCUUUUGAGAAAAUAUACAUGUCCGGGCAGUUUUACAAACAAAAUUUGACCCCGUGUUUCUCUCGACGCACGUUGCGAAACAACGUUCGCAAUAACGUUCGCAUUGGCAAAGUUUUCGUAUGGAGUUGAAGAAGGGUAAAUAAAAAAGUAAAGAAAUGGUUUCUCCAUCGCUCAAAAUGUGUUCAACGCGCAUGCAAUAUUUAAAUGGCGAGGAUCAAUCGUAACCGUAUUAUUUAACGAUUGGGUCAUCGACGUGGCCUUGCGAUCGAGUGAGAUGAUACGCGUUCAGCGAAGAGAUAAGACAGGGAGAAAGAUAGAGAAAGAAAAGAAAAUGCAAUGGGUUCUGUGCAAGUCUCAAUUAAAUUGUAAAUGUUAUUAACUUAGAUUGAAUUUAAAGAAAAAAAUAGAGGAAAAAAAAGAAGUAAGGAGUGAAAUGACAAUGGAAGUUACCUUAGAUCGCUUACUAGACCGAGUUUAUGCGCGGGCGAUUAAUGGAAAGUAAAUCCUAAAGAAAUUCGUCUAGGAAAAAUCUCUUAAUUAUCAUUAAUCAUUAGAAGAUUCUAUAGAGUGCGAUAAUUUAACGAUUUGUUAACGGGAUUCGCCGUACGAGCGGAAGAUUAUGAAAUCGUGGCCUUUCGACACAAACGAGAGAGAGAGAGAGAGAGAGAGAGAGAGAGAGAGAGAGAGAAAAGAAAGAAAGAAAAAGAGGAAGAGGACGAACGACGAGGAGGUAUUUCAAACUCGCCCGCCGAUCGAAGAGACACGAUCUUCCAUUGGAGAGAGUCCAAUUAGCUGUUUCAUUCGGACGAACGGCUCGGUUCGAGCGUUGGAUCUCGGUUCGAUACUUAUCGAAAUGCACGACUUUGAAGACGACGCUUUAUUAUUUUCUUCUCUCGCAUUUUGUCGAUCUCGGAAAGAUCUUGUCGAGAGCCAAAGCAAAUGGGAGAAUUCGUCGACAAGAUCAUUGUUUCGACCAUUAUUCUUUGACCCUUCGAUUUGUUAUUUUUUUGUAUUUGUUUUUUAUAUAUUGUUAAUAUGUGUAACAAGACGUCUCACGUUUUAGGACGUUCCUUGGUAUAUUGGAAAAUACAUAUCAUCUGAUUAUUAGUUUUUCCUUCCUUUUUUUUUUCUUUUUGUUUUUCUUUUUUCUUCUGUUUCUCCGUUUCGUUCAUCAUAGCCAUAAAAAAGCGCGUAGGAACGAUCGACGAGCAUCGAAAUAAUAAUAAAUUAAGCUCGGACAGACGCGAUUUGACAGAAUAAAUCAUCGCGAUAUCAUGCGUGUGUCCUGCUACGUACGUGGGAUUGGCGUAAAGCGUAAAUAUGCGUUGAAAUUUCGUGAUUUUUACGAAAAUAGUAGAUCCGAUCGUUCCUUAUCGUCGUACUCGAGUCAACGAGAAUUCUCCAAUAAAUCUAGUCACGCCGAGCCGUACGUCCGCUCGUCAAAGUGAAUCGGUCGAUAAACUCUAGCUAUUGUCAUUAAAAAUAUUGAAAUAGACCGUCGACCGAACCGUCGAGGGAGAGAGAGAGAGAGAAACAGAAAAGGAACGUGUUUAAAAAGAAAGAAAAAAAAAUAACGUUGUUUCAAUCAUUAUUUUCUUUUUCUUUUCUUUCCUCGGCGGCGAUAGCGGCGGUCAUCUUAGGCAGAAAAUAAUUAUAAUAAUAACGAUGAGAUAAUAAUUAUAAUUAAAUAAGAAUAAUAAUGUGAUUUCACGAGGUGUGUUCUAAACAAAAUUUAUUCGUAGCGUCGAGUUUUAACGAGCCACAACUCCGAGUCAUUUGAGACGCGCAACGGAGUUUCGAAUUUGACGUGCUCGUGCGCGCCAAGAAAAAGAAAACGAAAGAAAGAGCCGAAGAAGUAGAGAAAAAAGAAAAUUUUUUCUAUAUCUUUUUUUUUUGUUUCGUUUCUAAGCUAUAAUUAUAUCGUACUGUUAAUAAGAUUGGUGUGUCUAGUCCCUCGCGAUGAGAGAAUGUACUCGACAGAGAGAGAGAGAGAGAGAGAGAGAGAGCGAUAGAGAGAAACGGAAAGAGAGAUAGAUAGAACAAAUUUUGGUGCGAAGAAAUAACGUCCAAAACUCCUUCGAGACUCCUCAUCGUAGAGCGUACAUUUUUCUUGUUAAAAAAAAAAAUUAAAAAAAAAAAAAACGCGUAAAGGGAAAGAGCGAGAGAAAAAAAUUAAGCAAAGAAUAAUAACAACAACAACAAUAAUAAUAAUAAUAAUAAGAAUAAUAAUAAUAAUAAUAAUAAUAAUAAUAAUAAUAAUAAUAAUAAUAAUAAUAAAUAAUAAUAAAUAAUAAUAAUAAAUAAUAAUAAUAAUCACAUCAUCAUUAACAUCAUCAAUGCACAGACCCGCUGACUGACGGAAUUAAAAAUGUUUCCUAAUCAAAAUUCGUAAAUGUCUCGUUGUUGUUUUGGGAACGCGCAGUGUCUUUGACAAAAAGCAAAAAAAAAAAAAGGAAAAAGAGAAGAGAAAGAGAGAAAGAAAGGAAUUGUGGAAAAGUGGGGAAACGGGAGGAAAGAAUAGGGAAAUAAAAUGAGACCGCGUCGUGUGUCCUUCGAACGAAGUAAUGACUUUUCAUUGUCGCGAUUAUACGAAGCAGAAAAAGAUAUGAGAGAGGGGGAGAGAGAGAGAGAGAGAGAGAGAGAGAGAGAGAGAGAGAGAGAGAGAGAGUGAGUGAGAGAAAGAAAUUGGGAAAACCUUUUUUCAAAGUAAUCGAUCGAUGUUGUAGAAACAGUGUCAUUUUAAAGUAGUAGGUCGCUUCUACAGGAAAAAAAAAGUAAAGUAAAGUAAACUAACUAAACUAAACUAAACUAAAGUAAAAUAAAACGAGACUCAUCCAGAAAAGGUACGAAGCUCAACGUUAUUCGAAAAUCGCGCGCUUCGCGAGCGCGCUCGAGGUAUGACGCGAGUCACUGUACAACAUGGCAUGGGCGCUUGCAUGCGCGUGCAAGCUCGUGUGCAUUUUCGGGCGCGCUGCGCCGCGUCGCGUACUCAACGGUUUUUUAUACAGUAGAAUUGUACCAAUACCACAUAGGGAAAAAAGAUGUUCGUUGUUCACUGCUCUGGCUUGCUAGAAAAAAAAAAAAAUAAAAAAAUAAAAAAAAAAAAAAAUAAAAAAAAGUAUAUUCGGGCCUCUCGGAGACUGUUCGGAUCAGAAGAGAAAAAGUAAGAAAGAGAGGGAGAGGGUGAGAGAGAGAGAGAGAGGCGUCGUAUUGGAAGAAGAGAAAAAAAGUAAAAAAUAAUCGAUCGAAUAUAAGCCUAUCGAAAGUAUAACUUGUUCCGGACAGUCCCCUUCGUGUGCCCAUCGAUAUAAAUCGGCAACAUUUCGACAUUGCAAGAUUAUUGGUGUACUUAUCACGCAGUUUUCUACAAAAUAAAGAAAACGAUUUUGAAAAAAAAAAAAUGAUAACACGAGCCACAUA